GUAGGAGCCAGUGGGAGGCCCUAUUGAACACAGGCAUGAGGGCCUGUUAUCGUGUAGCCAACUGUUCCUAUGAUGUCACAUUUGAAGUCCGAGACAGGGAGAAGACAACAGCUCCAAGAAACAUCAAGACUAUUAGAAGACAACGGAUCAUUUUUCUCUACAACACUUACCCUGUACCUGUGUUCAGCCAAGAUGAAGAAGGGACACAACUUAAGAAACGAGUCCGUUGUACAUCAUGUGGAAUCUCCCACCAAAACGAUUGAGUUCCUCCGUGGAGAGAUCAAGGAAAUGGAAUUUGAGGGAAUGGAGCUAGCUCAGGAAAAUGCGGCACUGAAGUGCAUGAUGUCCGGAAAUGAUGCUAGGUGGAAGAGGGACAAACAGGCCAUGCAGGAUCAGAUUGAUUCCGCCAAACAGGGGCUGGCCUUUGACUCUGGAAGAGCCAUGCAGACAGAGUUGGAGGACGAGCUCAAGGAGUUGAAGCUGGUGUUGAAGGACAAAGAAAAGUGCAUCUACAAAUUGAGUUCCCGUCCUAGAAACGAUCAGAUCGAGAGGGUGAAAAGGGAGCUGAGCGACAAGUGCAACCAGGUCAAGGCGAUGGAGCUUUCCUUUGACAAGAAGAUGAAGCACAUCAUCGCUGAAAAAGAUGCAGUUAUUGCCAAUGUCACAAAUGUAAAUGUGGCACUUGGACAUCAAAACCUGGAGCUCGUGGCCAAGCUCAGAGGCAUCCAGAGAGAGGUCCACCCCAUCCAGAAUGAGUGGAAGAUAAAAGCCAACGCUCUGGAGGAUAGUCUCAAAGCUGAGCAGGCAGAGAAGAAGGCCUGCUAUGAGAAGAUAAAGAAGCUGGAGAAGUUUCAGUGGAAGUACGGCCCAGUGCUGAGUUAUCAGCCGCUCAGGUCCCCCACACACAAGGUGACCUUCUGUGAAUCAGCCGUUUCCCCUGGUUCCCUUGAUGCGGAGCCCAACGUGGAGGAGGAGGAGGAGGAGGAGGAGGAAGAUGUGGGGACGCUGACAUCUGCAAGCCAGAGGUUUGGAGAGGAGGACGAACCGCAGCCCGGCUGA